CAUUGCACCACUGUUUUACUUUUUCAGUGGUACCAAACAGUGGAAUGGGACAGUUGACUCACUUUCUCUUCUUAUUUCUAUCUUUUUACAAAUUCAAACACAGUGAAAGUAUCUACAAUAAACCAUUUUAAACUACAACCCCCGUUUUGCACUUUGUAGUUUGUACACUAUACUGUUGUUCUCAAGCUGCCUAUUGUCUGUACUCUGCCCCUUUGGCCGGAGAUGGCUGAUCGCUUCUUUCCGAAUGAUUUGCCACCAUUCAUGGCAGAGACCACACAUGAAGAUGAAAUUCCUUCCGAUACACCAACACCACACUCACUCACCUCACUCCUUUCUCUACCUUACCAAUCCCUCGCCUCAAAACUCCAAGCUGCAGCACUUCAUUUGAAACAAUCGGUGGUGAGUGAGACAUGGGGUUCGAGUGGGAACCGUGUCAAGGACUAUACUCUUUACACUGGGGUUCUUGGAACAGCAUACCUGGUUUUCAAGGCUUAUGAAGUAACCAAGAACUUGGACGAUCUUAACUUGUGCUUGAAGAUUGUUAAAGCUUGUGAUUCUGCUUCAGUGAAUUCAAGCCGCGUGACGUUCAUUUGUGGGCGUGCUGGUGUUUGUGCUCUUGGUGCAGUCAUAGCUAAGCAUGCUGGUGAUAAAAGAUUACUUGAGUAUUACCUCAGACAAUUCAAAGAGAUUGAGCUUCCCCAUGAUUUGCCCUAUGAAGUGCUGUAUGGAAGAGCUGGUUACUUAUGGGCUUGUUCAUUCUUAAACAAGCAUAUUGGUAAAGACACAAUACAAACUACUCACAUGAGACCAAUUGUGGAAGAAGUUAUAACAGCUGGUAGACAAUUGGCUCAAAAGGGAAGGUGUCCUUUGAUAUAUGAAUGGCAUGGGAAGAAAUAUUGGGGUGCUGCUCAUGGACUCGCAGGAAUCAUGAAUGUUUUAAUGGACAUGGAACUCAAACCAGAUGAGGCAGAAGAUGUAAAGGGUACACUACGCUACAUGAUUAAGAACCGUUUCUUGAGUGGCAAUUAUCCCUCCAGUGAAGGAAACGAAUCUGACCGUCUUGUGCAUUGGUGUCAUGGUGCUCCUGGAGUAACUCUUACGCUUGUCAAAGCAGCCGAGGUUUUUGGGGAUAAGGAAUUUUCGCAAGCAGCUGAAGAUGCAGGAGAAGUAGUAUGGAAGAGGGGUCUUCUUAAGCGAGUUGGAAUUUGUCACGGCAUCAGUGGGAAUACCUACGUCUUUCUUUCCUUAUACAGAUUGACAGGAAACAAGGAGUACUUGUACAAGGCUAAAGGAUUUUCUUGCUUUCUACUUGAUAGAGCGCAAAAGUUGAUCGCCGAAGGAAAAAUGCACGGUGGAGACCGUCCUUAUUCCUUAUUCGAAGGUCUUGGAGGAAUGGCAUAUACUUUUCUAGACAUGAUUGAUCCACAAGUGGCAAGGUUUCCUGGCUAUGAACUUUGAGUUCAUAAUAGAUAAAGCAACAUAUGUAUAUUACAAAUGUAAAUUCCGUUACCAAAACCGUAAUAUUUCGGGUAGCUGAGAUGUAUUUGAUUUUGUGCUUUAGAUCCCAAUGUAUGCAUCUGUCUUGAAGUGUUUAUAA